CGUUUCCCGACGGGCGGCGGGUCGGAGGACGUGUCGGCCGGGGGCGGCCCUUCCGCUGCAGUGAGGCGGUGGCGUCGGGGAUCUCGUACGGCUCGGCUUCCCGGCUGGAGAGGGAGGACCCGGGAAGCGAUGGAGGCGCCGCAGCCGGGCGGCGAGAGCCCUCCAGCAGCCGCCAUAGGUGACGGGCCGCCGGCCUGGUCUCCGGCUUCGGUGCAGGCGGCCUCGCUGCUGGAGGAGGCGGCGGAGCUGCUGGUGUUGCAGCGGGACUUCGCCUCCGCCUUGGAGCGCUGCGAGGCGGGCUGCGGCAGCCUGGGCCCCGCGCCCGGCUCUGACAGCAGUUGUGCAGAAGUGAAAUGCUCCCUUUGUGUGGUGGGCAUUCAGGCGCUGGCUGAGAUGAACCGGUGGAGAGAAGUUCUGUCUUGGAUCCUGCAGUACUACCAUCGGCCCGAGCAUCUGCCUCCAAAAAUCCUGGAGCUGUGUAUCCUUUUAUACAGCAAAGUGAGAGAGCCCCAUGUGAUGCUGGAGGUUGGCAGUACCUGGCUGAGGGACCAAACCAACAAGAGCCUCCCUGAGUAUGGUUCAUUGCUGGAGCUCUAUCUGCUGCAUGUGCUGCUUCCACUUGGCCGAUUUGAGGGGGCAGAAGAGCUUGUGUACAGCUGUGAUGUUCUUGACAGUGAGCAGAAGCUGGCGUUUGUUGAGACCAUUUGUGAAAGGCGAUGUCAGUGGACUCAACAGGAAGAAAUGCACUCAGCUCAUGAUAAGCAGGAAGACAAAGCAACAGAGACUGUUUUGGGUGCUCUGUCCCAAAAGCUCUUGACCAUGCUGACGUUGCUACGAAGAACACUGAGGUCCAUGUCGAGCCAUUUCUAUUUACUUCCUUAUAAAAAGAUGCUCUUGGCUACUUUUCUGCUAUACCUGGUUGUGGUGAGAUUAGACCCAGCUUCUCCUACAUCCCUGCCGUUCAUUUGCAAACUGGUGCAGCUCUUCCGACAGGCUUGGGCAGCUGUGUUGUCUCCAAUCCACAGGCCUCCAAUUCAAGACUAAAUGUCUUCUGCCUCUGCUCCUAUGUCAGCUUGUCUUGAGGACUUUAUGAAGUUCUUCAAGGACCGUUGAAAUCAGUGUCCUAGUGCAGAUGACCACCUGUGAUCUCCUGUGAAGUGGUCCUCUCCUUCCUUCAGACAGGGAGUGGUGGUGUAUGAAUUUUGAAGCCAUGCCAAGUAUUCCUGACAUUACUUUGGCUAUUUGGUGCCGUUCUGUCCAACACCAGAGUAAAUCCACUCCUUCUGUAAUCUACAACUAAUUAAGAUCCUCCUUUUGAAACACUUUACUUUGGUUGUGGCUCUUGAGUGAGAGUUGUGUAGACAGUUAUGAAGUAUGAUGCCUGUUUGGAAGAUGGUUCCAUUCUUGCACAUAUGAUGCAGUUCCCUGAACAGCUGAAACAGCAUUCCUGGAAUCAGGAAUGUUAAAAGCAACAGUGUAAUUAGGGGGAAUAUUCUUUUGAGCCUGAUGACAUCUCAGAUCCCAGUUCUUCUAGCAUGGGGCUGAGGACAAGCACAUGGAAGAAAAACACUGCAGGAAAUGAAGCAUGUUGUGUUUUGAACACCGUGGUUUCUCUUGUGACUGAUGCCUCCUCAUACAGGCGCUCUUGAUUUUAAUUGUAUCUAUGGCAGAAAGCCGAGGUGGUGUGCUACAAGUACUAUUGUGCUGCACCUACAGAUCUUAAAUGCAGAUUAUAGUACCUUGUGCUUGCCUGGUGCAUGGUAAUCUGUAGGAGCCUGUGCCAGUGGUAAUGAAAUUUAUUUUUUUAAAUUAUGUUCCACAUUGUUGUCUAGUUGAACCACUGAGCUUGUUGCAUUGUUUUACUCUUUCCCCACCUCUCGCUUUGUUUAUGAAGAUGUCAGCAAGUCCUAGUAUGUCUAGAAACCUUCCUCCUAUGCCCAUAAAGUCCUAAUUUACAUGGUAACCAUUCAGCAAUGCUCUGUCAUUCAGAGCAGACAAUUGUUUGGUCGAAACUCUGAGAUCCCCACAGCUGUGGCAAGAAAGUUACUGUCUUUACAGAAGGUCUUACAGUUGAUGCUGUUUCUGAUCACCUGGGGCAGAGAUUGGAGGUCUGCAGGAGAACAAUUAAUUCCCACUGAUUAGCAGUGAGUGAGUGCCAAGGGAGAGAGCACUAUUUCAGGAUUGCUUCUAACACGCUGCAUGUGUGCUGGAGAAAACAAGUUAGAGCCAUGUGGCAAAUGUAGCCAGCUAUUCCUGCAUCUGUGCCAAGAUGAUUCAGGCUGACCAACAUCCACCUUAGAGAAACAAAGUCUCCUUUUUGGUUGGGCAGUUUCUAUCCAACACACCAAGCCUGUGUAGGGUAGCCAAUAUAGGUCCCACUGCAGCAUCUUACUGUGGUAUCCUCCUUCAAAUCAAUCAUUUGUUCCUAGCAAUGGUUCUGCACAUGUAGUGGCUGUUUCAGUUUUCUUUACAAGGACAGCAGCCUGUUGGUGUGCUCUGUCACUUUGCAGCCUACCAGGCUAUGUGGAAAAGUCUGUGUCUUUACUGCUAAAAGUCAUGCUUUGUCUAUAUUGUUCUUGAGUUAUCCUGAUAGAGAAGUACCCUGGUGUUCGUGUGAGAUAAAGUGGAGCACCUAUGAAUGCAGGAAGCUGUCAUCACCUUGCCUAGUUAUCUCAGGUAAACAAAAAAGUAAAACUACAAGACAUUCCUAUCCUCUCUCCCCUGGAAUUUUUGUCUCAGUUGGACUUAACAACUGAACAAGUAGCACACAAUGCUUCACCCAAUUAAAAAUAUAUAUUUAUCAUAUACCGUGUAUACGGGGAGGAGCAGUUCUUGAUACUGCUAGAUGAUAUAUGUCAUCUAACUAUCAGUGUAGCCACACUUCCCUGCAGCCAGUGCUUGGUGGAAAACCAGGUAGAAUCCAACACAGAGGGUCUGGCUGGAAUUGAGUUCUUGCAGAAAGUGACUGGAUUGCAUCUACUGGCCACCUAGUUGCAAGACCUUGCUCUAAAGACUUGGUAAACCAGUAGUUCAUGAAACAAUAAAUUUCCUUUUGAAGUCAGACUAAAUUCUAAGCAAUAUGUGACCGUUCAGCUAACAGCCACUUUUUAAAUCUCAGUUUCUGUUAACUCUUCCAGUUAAAUGGCAGAGCUGCAUUAUGGGGAAUGGGUUCAGAGGGCAGACCAUAUGUUAUGUGUAGAGCUCCAUUAAAUAUCACAGCCAUUCAUUUACCAGAACUCCAACAUUCAACUUGUUUUUAUUGGUACGUUGGCAACCUCCACUUCUUUUGAGUACUACUGAUACUGGAUUUGAACUGUGUUUAGCUUUCCAUGAGAGGGAUGAAAGCAGAAACAACCGAUCUUUCUUUUUUUGCAAUGAAUGCUAAACCUGCAAUAUUUAAUUUUUACAAUAAAAUAAAAUGACUACUCAUUUA